AUGGACGAGGACUCUCUCAAGAAAUAUGCGACCAGAGGGAACGGUUUUUAUGAUCGUGUGGCUGCUACGAAUGUCUUCCAUGAGCAGAACUUAAGCCGCUGCACUAGGGUUUCCGUUGAGGGAUACGAGUGUAAUCAGAGAAGCAUUGGAAAAGCAUUUCAGUCCAUGUGGACGUAUCUAUCGUGUUGCGAUUACCAGAGAUCGUAA